AUGUCAAUUAAAGGGGACGGCAGAGACAGGACACAGGAGGAGACACCCAAGGGAGCAGCAGCAGCAGCAGGAGCUAAGGAGACGGUAAAUGAAUCUCCCCUUUAUAAGGAAACAAAGGAGGCAGACAGCAAAGAGUUGCUACAUAAGAGGACAAACAGCAGCAAGGAGACAGUUAGCAGCAGCAGUAGCAGCAAGCUGCUGCUGCUGCCCCCUAAGAGUUAUGAUGCAUCAGCAAGGGCCCUUUGUUACUUCUUAGAUCCCCUUAUUAGGCCUUAUAAUCCGUGGCUAAAUAAGCAGCAGCAAAUAAAAGGAGACAGUACAGCAGCAGCAGCAGCAGCAGGAGACAGUAUACCACCACAGGAGACAAUGGAGCAGCCACAACUGUCUCCAGUCUGCAGCAGCAACAGCAGCAACAGCAGCAACAGCAGCAGCAGCAGCAUUGCCUUAGAACUGAAGGCCCUUGAUGAGGAGUUACGCCCGUCACUAAAAGGAGACAGGCAGAGGCGUAGCCUUGUGCGUCUCCUUGGUAAGAGAAUAAGGAGACAGUCAUGGUAUAAGGAAUUAAGAGGGGAGACAGGAGAAGGAGACAAGGAAAAAGGAGACACUCUUAUAAGAACAGGAGACAAUAAAAAAGGCCCGCCUCCUCCUCCUCCUCUCCUAUUGCCUUAUGGCUCCUCCUUUACAGGGUUAGGAGACUGGGCAGCAGAUAUAGAUCUGCUGCUGCUGCUGCCUUCUUCUUGCCGCACUGCAGCAGCAGCAACAGCAGCAGCAGCAGCACCAACAGCAGCAGCAGCAGCAGCAGAGACAAAGGGGACACCUAAGGAAUUGUUGUAUAACCAACAAGUGUCUCCUUUUCCUUACUGUCUCCUCUGUCGUGUCUAUAAGGAGACAAACUGUCUCCAUGGCUUCCUUCCUCGUACAGAUGCAGCAACAAUACUAACAAGACUUAAUUGUCUCCUUAAUAAAGAAAAAGAAUUAGAUGGUCUCUUUUGCUGCAUGCAGCUCAUUGUCCCUCCUGUUGCUCCCCCUCUGCUACGUGGGGUGUACAGACACCCGAGAGACACAGCAGCAGCAGCAGCAGCAGCAGCAGCAGCAAGUACCAGCAGCAAAGCCUCUAAUAAAGAAGUGUCUCCUAAUGGUCAGGUGUCUCCUUUGCAUUGUUUCCUCUCCCCUAAGUGUCUCCUUUCUUGUAAGGAGACAGUUGAUGACGAGCAAGGAGACAAAGAAGAGCAGCAGGAGGAGACAGGAGACAGACAAGAAAGGGGACACUUUGUUGCAGCAGCAGACGCAGUUGCUGCAGCAGCAGACGCAGCUGCUGCAGCAGAAGACACAGAAAAAGGGGACACAAGAGACACUCCCUCUAUUCCUAUAAUAGCAAGAACAUGGCAAGUUUCUCCUUAUGACGGAUCUAUAGUGUCUCCUUUACUGUCUCCUUCCUCUGUCUCCUCUAUAGGAGACAGAGGAGACAGAGGAGACACAAGGAGACACUCAGAAGGAAUAGAGUCUCCUCUUAAUAAUAAUAUUAUAUAUAAAAGGAGACACUUUACUCCUGUCCCCUUUGAUAUAACAACAGGGUGUCUCCUUGGUCCCCUUAAUUCCUUACUCCUUAAGGAAUACGCAAAUAACUGUCUCCUUUUUCCUCCCUUAGUACGUAUUAUUAAACAUUGGGCAGACUGCAGGGGACUUACAGGUACAAGAGACGGCUGUCUCUCGAGUUAUGCAUGGGUUCUCUUGGUCGUCUUCUUCUUGCAGUCUGUUUCCCCUCCGCUGUUGCCUAAGCUGCAGCAGCAGCAGCAGCCGCUGCAGCAGCAGGAGCAGGAGCAGGAGGAGCCGAAGAAGGAGCAAGAGCAACAGCAGCAGCAGCAGCAGCAGCAGCAGGAGCAGCAGCAGGAGCAGCAGCCGCAGGGCCCAUCUGCUUCUCUACUAGAGACCGCAUCUCCUCAUUCCCCUUUUCCGGGGGAAAGGAGACACCUUAGGAGACACGUAGAAGGAGACAGUCUCCUUUUGUCUCCUUCUGUCUCCUUCCCUAUAGAGAUAGUAGGAGGGAGACAUAGUAUUUGGUUCCUCAAGAAAGGAGACACUUAUCUGUGGGGCCCCCGUGUCUUGUCUUUGCUGCAGUCUGUACUAAGAGGGGCAACACAGCAGCAGCUGCUGCUGUGGCUGCAGCAUUAUGUACCAGGGUAUCUCUUCCUCCCCUCUAAGGAGACACAAGAGACACAAAAAGGAGACACUAAACAGAUAAGGCCUAUACAACAGCAACAAGGAGACAAUGUUGGAUCUAUGCAUGCACUAAGUAUGCUGCAGCAGGUUGCUGGUGCUGUCUCCUUGGAUACACCUGAGGGGGACAGCCAAGGGAGACCACUGGUCAGUCCACUGACUCAUGGCAAAGAAUGUCUCCUCUCGGGAUCGAGGGAUCGAAGCCCCAUGGGAUCGGGAUCGACUCCGGGAUCGGGAUCGGGAUCGGCGCUGGGAUCGGGAUCGGGAUCGGGGGAUCGAUCCCAGCAGCGAAGUCGCAGGUCAGCAGGUAGUUGGGUGUCUCCUUUGACGGAAAAAGAUUGGGAGACAAUCGCAUCUCUUUUGCAUGCAUUUUUUGUUUUCUUUGGUUAUUAUUUUAAUUCUUUUUCUCUUCUUGUCUCUAUAAAAGGAGACAAUAAUGUACCUAAAUAUCUACUUAGUGGCGAGAGACACAAGAAGGGGGGAAGGAAAAAAGAGGAGACACAAAAGGAGACACCAACGGAGACACCUGCUGUCUCCGCGGUCUCCCCAGGUCACGUCCUGCCUCCCCGCAGAGGAGACAGGCAGCAACAUUGCAGUAGCUCAGCGGCAGGUACAGCAGAUGCAGCAGCAGCAACAGAUGCAGCAGCAGCAGCAGCAGCAGCAGGUACAGCAAAGGAGACAGCUCAAAGGUUGAGGAAGGAAGCUAUUGAACUUGAGGAGACACCUACCUCAUCAUACACCCCCAAGGAAAAGAAGACAAUAGAUGAAUUAUUGAUUGCCCUAGAGGAGCAGCAAGAAAUCUCCUUUACUAAGCAAAGUGUCUCCUUUGGUAUAACAAUAGAAGAUCCAAUAGAGGUGGGGAGACACCACACCUAUAGGAGGCCUCAAGGCAGCGAGUUGUUUUACUAUGAAAUGCAGAGGGCUGAGAGGCUGCUAAGGGAGGGGUAA